AUGCGGUUUCACACCAUUUACAGCAUUGGCAUUGUGCUGCAGGCGGCCUACGCAAUUGACAUGAGAGACUACGCGCCGUCAUGUGGCGUAGAGCCAGAAUUCCGGCUUUGGUACAAAGAGCUUCUGGGCGCUUUUGAGGACCCUUUCGUAACUGAUCGCGCCACCGACUUCUUCGCGCCCGGCGGUGCUUUGAUCAUUCUCGGAACAAGGAACAUUGGCAACAGAGAGAUUCUGCGGGCCAGAGGAGCGAUGUUGCCCACGGAUGGCUCAGUGCAAUGGAACCAUUUCCCAAAUCGAACCUUCGUAUCUUCAGAAACGCCAGCGGAUAAGACAUUUGAGGUUGCCGGGGUUCCGGAGAUAAGCCGCCCGAUCGACUCAAGCUGCGCAACUACUUACUUUCAAUCACACUUCACCGUUGCGAAGAACCCGGACACCGGGAAGGCAAAUCUCACUCCGCAGGGUGGCAGUCUCAUCAUCUACGACGGAUAUUCUAUCAACGCUACAAGCGACCCCUGUAUUAAAGGGACCAGCAGUCAUUGA